AUGGACAAAAGUUUCCAUUCUACGGAGCCACAUGAGAGGUCAUUCAUGAACCCCUCUAGGCUCAUGGGAGGAAUCAAGGAAGAAGGAAAGGAAGGAGAUGAUCAAUCACGAGCUAUGGUGACCAAUGGUUGUGUGGGCUACAAAGGCAGAACUGCUGACAAACGGAAAACCGGAGGAUGGAAGGCUGCUCCAUUCAUUAUAGUGAACGAGGUUGCUGAAAGACUUGCAUUUUACGCAAUUGCGGUUAACUUGGUGACAUAUCUAGUGUUUGAGAUGCAUCAAUCUCUUCCUGAUGCUGCCACUCAUGUAACUGAUUGGGUCGGGGCGGCUUUUGUUCUAACUCUACUCGGAGCAUUUCUUGCGGAUGCUUACUUGGGUCGAUUCUUGACCAUUAUCAUCUUCACUUGCAUUUAUCAAGUGGGAUUGGUACUAUUAACGUUAUCAGGGUCAAUAGAGAGCUUAAGGCCUCCAAAAUGCCACAAAAAGCCAUGUGUGCCCGCAUCAACAGGCCAAAACGCCUUCCUCUAUGCAGCCUUAUAUCUCAUAGCACUAGGAACCGGCGGCAUCAAGCCAUGCGUUUCGUCGUUCGGAGCCGAUCAGUUCGACGAUUCUGACGAUAAAGAAUCACAAAAGAAGUUCUCAUUCUUCAACUGGUUUUACUAUGCCAUCAAUUUGGGUGCACUUUUGGGCAUCACACUUCUUGUGUACCUACAAACUGAAAAGGGAUGGACUUGGGGAUUUGCGAUUCCGACAGCGGCCACUUUUUGCUCUUUGGUAAUAUUGCUUGCUGGGUUCACCAAAUACCGUUACCAAAAGCCUACUGGAAGUGCUUUUACUCGGUUUUUUCAAGUCAUGGUGGCUUCAUUAAGGAACCAUUUUAAGGGAAUUGAAGUUAACGAUCAAGAUCCACUUUAUGAGGUCCAGACACCAAAUUCAGAUAUUAUUGGUGCUCGAAAGCUUCCCCACACACAACAAUUCAGGUUGUUGGAUAAGGCGGCCAUCGUUACAGACGCUGAAAGCAACGCAAACAAAAACCGAUGGAGGCUCUGUACCGUAACACAAGUGGAAGAAUUCAAGUCCUUCAUCCGAGUCCUACCAGUAUGGGCCUCCACCAUAGCACUAUCCGUUUCAUUUGCCCAAAUAUCCACAUUCUUCGUUACCCAGGCCUCCAUCAUGGACCGGAAACUCGGCCCGCAUUUCGAAAUCCCCGCCGGCUCCGUCGCCGUCUUCGCCACCAUCAACGCACUGUUCCUCGUCCCCAUCUACGAGAAAUACUUCGUCCCAAUUCUACGCGCCAAAACGGGACAUCCACGUGGCAUAACUUCACUCCAACGCAUGGGAAUCGGCCUCUUCAUAUCCAUAUUUGCAUUACUCUCCGCCGCAUUGGUUGAGAAGAAGCGCCGGAAGACGGCCGGCGGCGCCGGCAACCCGGAAAAACUCAGCGUGUUUUGGUUGUUCCCACAGUUUUUCCUUAUGGGAAGCGCUGAGGUUUUUACGUACGUUGGACAGCUUGAGUUCUUUUACGAUGAAGCUACGGAUGGUACGAGGAGCAUAAGUAGCGCCGUUUUCUUGAGCGAGAUCGGGAUCGGAAGUUGGCUGAGCACGGCGCUUGUUAGGAUUGUCGAGGCCACGACCGGCGGCGUUGAAAAAGGGUGGCUCAGAGACAGUCUUAACAAAAGCAAACUGGAUUAUUUUUAUUGGAUUUUGGCGGGGAUUAAUGGUUUGAAUUUCAUGGUUUAUGUGAUGGUUGCAAUGAGGUAUAAGGGGAGACAUGGUGGUCAAAGUAGCGUGGGAGAUGAUUCAGUAAUUCUUGCUGGUCAAACUAGGGGUAAUAUUGGUAACAAGAACAAUAAUAUUGGUGGGAAGGAAGAAGAAGGGGAAUUACGCAGUGUUAUGUUAUGA